AUAGAGCAGGUCGAUUGCAGUUGAAAUCAGUUCAAGUUCAGGUGCCAUCCUCAUCUAACAUUUUUUCGGGUUCCGUUUUUAGUCUGGUGAACGAUUCCAAUUUUCAAAAUGAAAAGCUUAAUCAUUGCGCUGUGCUGCAUUGCAACCGCUCUCGCCGAUGUCAGCGAGCUGCUCCACCAACCCGUUGCCCACCAUCUAGAAGAGCACCACCAACAGGACGCUGCUCACCCGGUGGAGCACCACUCCGAGGCCAUCCACGUGGAAAAACACAUCACCUUCGAUUUCGGCAUAGAAAACGAGGGAGUUGAAAUCGUUGAAGCCAUCGAGGUGCUUCCAGUCCAAGCCCACGUCGAUGUGAAAGGAGUUCAGCUUACCGAAGAGCACAAGGACUACCAGGCUCCGUACAGUUACGAGAAGCCAACGGUCCAACUGGAUUACGUACCUCCGGUUGUGCCAGAACCGACCCAGGAAGUGGAGGUCCCGAUUUUCAAGGAACAACCGCUCACCAACAACUAUCUGCCACCGAAGUACACAGAGAGUAAUCUGGCUAAGCGUCACAUCAAGUACAUCGUUCGCCGUCGAGUUUAAGAAGUGGAUGGGAUAGUCUAACGAAUGAAAACGCAAUUUUUAUUUUGACCAAAAUGAAACCACUUGUGAAUCUAUUUAAGUUAGAAAUGCAAUAAAAUGCGAAGUUCGUAGCAGAAUUUCUGCUCCGCAUCGGUAACAGCAAAAAAAAAGAAUUUAAUUAAUUUGUUCAUCAGCUUUGGCGCCAAUAUUCUUCGAAACAUCACACUACUGCACGUGACCGGAACACAUAUUUGUCUACAGCCAAAAGCGUAGCCAGGAAUUUUCACUGGGUUGUAAUCAACAUGUUACGCAGUAACACGUGGAUGGCAUUAAAACAACAAUUUUCAGUUUUAAUAGUUCUGUUUCAUACAAUUACUAGAAAUACUCCUUUUAAAACUAAUCCCUAUUUGGUUCAAAUUUCUGUGAUGGUAUAGAAAAAGGAGUUGUAAACAUUGAAAACAUAAUUUGCAAAAUCAUUCAUGCAUUUUCCUUAGAAUUCCUACCAGGUUUCAUCUUGUAAUUCCUCUCGAGAAUCCA